AUGGACUUGGAAAACGACACCACUGUCAAGCCUACCGAUCAGGACACCCAAGAUGCAUGCGACCUGGCGGAGUUCGGGCACGGCCAGAGCCUGGAGCGGAAGUUCAACAUCUGGAGUAUGCUAGCGUUGGCUUUCUGCGUUCUGGGAACAUGGUCAACAUUCGCACAGGACCUUUCGGACGGUCUCAUCAAUGGUGGCCCGAUCUCUAUUCUAUGGGGUCUUGCCCUGGUGGCAUUCUGCAACACAUGCGUGGCUCUUUCGUUGGGAGAAAUCUGCAGUAGUAUGCCUACCGCAUUAGGCCAGGCAUAUUGGAUCUAUCGCCUUUGGAACACGCCCUGGGGGCGGUUCGUAUCCUACAUUUGUGCCUGGAUCAAUGUCUUUGGCUGGUGGACUCUUGCGGCCUCGCAGGUUGCUUUCAUGACCAACUUUAUUCUGGGGAUGAAGGUCAUGUUCGAUGUGGAGUGGACCGGAGCAUCAACCGGAUGGCUGAACUUCGUUGUUUAUAUUGGCUGUGUUUUCAUACUCACAUUGAUCAAUGUCGUUGGCUGUCGGAAAGACAAGUUCCUACCUUGGUUGAAUAACUUUGUGGGAGUCUGGUUCUUCGGACUAUUCUUUGUCUUUUGCCUCGCUCUCCUGAUCUCCGUUGGAGUGAAAUCAGAUCUGUCCUACCGACCAGCAUCAUUCGUCUUUGGCAAAUGGAUCAACCAAACUGGCUGGCCGGAUGGUGUGGUCUGGUUCAUCGGUUUAGUGCAAGCCGCCUACGGUCUCACUGCAUUCGAUGCCGUGAUUCACAUGGUCGAAGAAAUCCCCGCGCCUCGCAAGAACGCUCCGAAAGUGAUAUACUUCGCAGUUCUUUCGGGCGCAGUCAGCGGUUUUAUCCUAAUGAUGGUCUGUCUUUUUUGUAUCCAAAAGGUGAACACUGUCAUCAACUCUCCGAGUGGCCUCCCUUUCUUGGAACUCGUCCAAGAAACCGUCGGCACAAAUGGAGCAGCCGUGCUCAUGGCCCUUUUCAUCUGCAACGGUCUCGGCCAGGGUAUCAGUAUCCUGACCACGGCAUCCCGCCUUACCUGGGGCUUCGCUCGCGACGGCGGACUACCAUUCAGCAGAUACCUGUCCCACGUCGAUCCAACCUGGAAAGCUCCUGUCCGGGGUCUAUGGUUCCAAGGAGCUCUAAUCGCCCUGGUCGGUGUGCUGUUUCUCUUCGCCGAAACAGUCCUCAACGCCAUCCUCAGUGUCAGCACCAUCGCACUGACAAUCUCAUACGGUCUUCCUAUUGCGACCGUCCUCAUGAUGGGACGUGACAAACUUCCCCCUGGAGGACAAUUUCAUCUAGGAAGAUUCGGCGCCCCUGCCAAUUGGGUGAGCAUUAUCUACUGCUGCAUCACCACAGUGUUUUUCUUCUUCCCAAGCUCGCCCAACCCGUCUGGCGGCGACAUGAACUAUGCAAUUGGCGUGUUUGGUGUUAUGCUUGUCAUUUCGAUUUCUUUUUGGUUUAUCCAAGGAAGCCGAACUUAUCUCAAUACGGAGGAAGCGUUCACGCAUGUCAUUCAAGCGCAGGAGGCGAUUGCCAACGAUUCUCCUGCAUCUGCGCCGACAAAAAAGGAGUGA